CGUAAGCGGCUUAUUUUCUUCACACUUUCACAGUCUCACAAGUCACAGACAAUAUUGUAAAAUGAUAAACUACAAUGCAUUUUAAAUUAUAAUAUUUAAUGAUUAAAUACCUUUAUUGUUACGAAACACAUGGAAAUAAUUUUUUAAUUGUUCUUUGAUAUUGCUUUACUAGAAAUCAGUUGGCUGUUAAUUUAUUAAGCAAUUGAAAUAGGUACCGCAUCAAUUGGUGUGUUUUGCGAUUAAACCUUUGAACUAUCUACUGAACGUACGUUUCCGGUAAUCAUAUUAAAAGUUAACAAACAAUGGCCAAAGAAAAUAUAAUACAUGGAUCUCGAAUUCCUGAUUAUUUGUUAAACAGUAAAUCAAAUUUAAGCCAGUACUUUAUUCGAUUGCUCAUGGAAUUUGGAAAUAAUACUGCUAUGGUUGAUGCACAUAAUGAGUCUUCAUUUACAUUCAAAAAUAUUUUAAAUGCAAGUUUUAAUAUAGCAAAUACCUUGAAAUAUGAGUUUGGAAUACAAAAAGAUGAUAUUGUUGGAAUAUAUAGUGAAAACACAAUUUUGUAUCCAUCUCUUGUACUGGCAGUAUGGCAUAUUGGUGGUGUUUGUGCAUUAUUCAAUCCUAUGUAUACUACUAAGGAAUUAACACAUGUGCUAAAUAUAACUAAACCAAAACUCAUGAUAGCAUCACAAAUGGGAUUGAACGUUGCAAAAGAUAGUGCCAAAUCACUGCAUUUUGUCAAAUAUGUGUGUCCUAUUGAUAUACUUUGCGAUGCUAGAAUAAUUGAAGAAUAUACUGAUUUUGUAUCAACUCCGUGCGACAAUAAUCAAACUUGUGUGAUAUUAUUUUCUAGUGGGACAACUGGUUUACCUAAAGGAGUAGAGUUGUCACAUAAAUCUAUAUUUCUCAUAGUUUCAAUCUUGAAUCAUAUUAAUCAAAUGGUAACUAAGACUGAUACCUUGAUGGGUCUAGUGCCGAUGUUCCAUGGUUAUGGAUUACUGAUAAUAUGUUUGUGUAUGUCAAUUGGUAGCAAGGUCGUAGUGCUUAAAUAUUUCGAUGAAGAAUUGUUUUUAAAAUCUUUGGAAGUUCAAAAAGUUUCAGUUUUAUUUGCUGUACCGCCACUGAUGGUAUUUCUUGCUAAACAUCCCUUGGUAGAAAAAUACAAUUUAUCAUGUGUGAAAGUUAUAUAUUCUGGUGCUGCUCCAUUAUCAUUAAACACUGAAAAUGAAGUAAUCAAUAGAAUAAGUAAAGGUAAGCCAUUAAAUGUAUUUCAAGGAUAUGGAAUGACUGAAUUAUCUGUGGUAUCAACAACAUCUGGCCAAGGUGGAGUUGAACAUACUAGCGGUUCUGUUGGAAAAUUGAUAUGUGGCAUGUCAGGAAAAGUAAUUGAUUUAAACAAUGGUAAAUCAUUGGGAGUAAAUGAAAGUGGUGAACUAUGCUUCAAAGGGCCCAUGGUCAUGAAUGGUUAUUAUAAAAACCCCAAAGCAACAACAUCAAUAAUUGAUGCUGAAGGGUGGCUCCAUACAGGAGAUAUUGGAUACUAUGAUAAAAAUCAUAAUUUUUAUAUUGUUGAUAGAAUCAAAGAACUUAUUAAGUAUAAAGGGUAUCAGGUGGCGCCUGCAGAAUUAGAAUCGCUAUUAUUAACACAUCCCAAAAUUAAAGAUGCAGCAGUUAUUGGGCUUCCAAAUCCAGAAGCUGGAGAGCUUCCUAUGGCAUUUGUAGUUAAAUAUCCAAAUUCAACCCUCAGUGAAAAUGAUGUUGUACAAUUUGUUAACAAAAAUGUUUCAGCACAAAAGCGUCUUAGAGGAGGUGUUCGAUUUGUGGAUAGUAUUCCCAAAAAUCCAAGUGGUAAAAUAUUACGAAGAGUACUUAAAGGCCUAAUCAAGCAAUCAAAAUUAUAAAAAUUACAGUUACCGUUAUUAUAGGACACCUAGUGUACUACGUUAAGGUAAAACAUUGCAAUUUAUAUUUAGAUUGAUUAUUGUAGGUAUUUUACUUUUUAAUAAUAAUUUUUGGUAGCUAUGUUAAAUUUGUUGUUUGUGAUUCAUAGAAUUCUUAUUUAGAAUAACCAAUUAAUUAUAUUCAAGAUUAUAUUGUUCAAAUAUUGGAGUCUUAAUUUAAGUUAGUAUAUUAAUUAUUAUUAUACGUCAUCAUUUAAAUAGUAUAGUGUUGGAAGUGCUACUUAAAGCUAUCUCAUAAUAACCUCAUAAGUAAAUAGUACAAUAAGUUAAGUAAAACUAUUACAGAAUUACUGUUAUAAUAAUACAUUAUUAAUGUAGCUAUAAAAGACGUGUACUAAAUGAAAUGUUAAUUAUAUCAUUACUAUUUAAUAACAUGUUUUACAAUUUAAACAAACUUAGUUAUAACCGAAUAAAUGUAUGUUUAGGUAUUAUUUAUAAAAAUAUUUAUAACAAAUAUAAUUGCAUCUCUAUUUUA